GAGAAAAGGAAAAGAGAUACGAAGGAUUUUCAUCAUGUGUCACGGGCGGCUUGAGAUCAUCCUAGCCGGUACAGGCUGGCCGAGAUCCUGAUAGCCACCGCAGCGACCAGGAUCCGGGACUAUUCAACGAAGAAAGGAUGCCAGGGGGCCGCAGGGGCCUGGUAGCCCCCCAAAACACGUUUCUGGAGAACAUCAUACGACGCAGUAGCAGUCAACCCGACAGCAGUUUUCUACUGGCAAACGCCCAGAUCGUCGACUUCCCGAUCGUCUAUUGCAACGAGAGCUUCGUCAAGAUCUCCGGCUACAACCGCGCCGAGGUUAUGCAAAAGUCAUGCCGCUGUGGAUUCAUGUACGGGGAGCUGACGGACAAAGAAACGAUCGCCAGGAUCGAGGAGUGCCUCGAGGGCCAGAUUCACGAUCAAUUCGAGAUUCUACUGUACAAGAAGACCAGUAGCCCACGAGGUAUAUCUAGAGAGACACCAUUAUGGCUGCUGCUGCAAAUAGCGCCUAUAAAAAACGAGCGAGACCUCGUGGUCCUGUUCCUGCUGACGUUUCGAGACAUCACCGCCCUCAAACAGCCGAUCGAAACGGACGACAGCAAAGGCGGCCUCUCCAAAUUCGCCAAGCUCGCCAGAUCGGUCACCAGAUCGAGAUCGGUCCUUGUUUCGCAAUUCAGCUCGCAUCUACCAGCUUUAAAGGACUCAACAGCGCCAAUUACCACCAAACAAUCGCAUUUGGGUCAUAUGAUGUCUUUAAGCGGCGAUGUUAUGCCGCAAUACAGACAGGAAGCACCAAAAACACCACCGCACAUCUUACUGCAUUACUGUGCAUUUAAAGCGAUCUGGGACUGGAUCAUUUUGUGUUUGACCUUUUACACAGCCAUCAUGGUGCCGUAUAACGUUGCCUUUAAAAAUAAGACUAGCGAGGAUGUCUCCCUGCUGGUUGUCGAUAGUAUCGUCGACGUGAUAUUCUUCAUCGAUAUAGUCCUAAAUUUUCAUACAACGUUCGUCGGCGCUGGUGGCGAAGUGGUGUCUGAUCCAAAGGUAAUCAGAAUGAACUAUCUGAAAUCUUGGUUCAUCAUAGAUCUGCUAAGCUGUCUACCGUAUGAUGUGUUUAACGCCUUCGACCACGACGAGGAUGGGAUAGGUAGUCUGUUCUCGGCCCUGAAGGUGGUACGAUUGCUACGACUUGGCAGAGUCGUACGCAAGCUAGAUCGUUAUCUAGAGUACGGUGCCGCGAUGCUCAUUCUUCUACUCUGUUUCUACAUGUUGGUUGCUCACUGGCUGGCCUGUAUCUGGUAUUCGAUAGGAAGAUCAGAUGCCGAUGCCGGGGUUCAAUAUUCGUGGUUGUGGAAGUUGGCCAAUGUUACUCAGUCACCUUACAGCUACUUGUGGACCAAUGCCAGCACCGCACCUGAACUAAUAGCCGGCCCAUCACGUCGCACGAUGUAUGUCACUGCUCUUUACUUCACGAUGACUUGCAUGACCUCCGUGGGUUUUGGGAAUGUUGCGGCUGAGACCGACAACGAGAAGAUUUUUACCAUCUGCAUGAUGAUCAUUGCUGCCUUAUUGUACGCCACGAUCUUCGGUCACGUCACCACGAUCAUCCAGCAAAUGACGUCCGCCACCGCCAAGUAUCACGACAUGUUGAACAACGUAAGGGAAUUCAUGAAGCUGCACGAGGUGCCGAAAGCCCUUAGUGAGCGUGUCAUGGAUUACGUCGUCAGCACGUGGGCGAUGACCAAAGGUCUAGACACGGACAAAGUUCUCAACUACUGUCCCAAGGACAUGAAGGCCGACAUCUGCGUGCAUCUCAAUCGGAAGGUCUUCAAUGAACAUCCUGCCUUCAGAUUAGCGUCUGACGGAUGUCUGCGCGCUUUGGCGAUGCACUUUACCAUGUCGCAUAGCGCACCCGGCGAUCUGCUGUAUCACACGGGAGAGUCCAUCGACUCCUUGUGCUUCAUCGUGACCGGCAGCCUCGAGGUCAUACAGGACGACGAAGUGGUGGCGAUUCUGGGGAAGGGUGAUGUUUUCGGUGACAGUUUCUGGACGAAUCCGUCGAUCGGCCAAAGUGCGGCGAACGUGCGAGCGCUCACUUACUGCGAUCUCCACACGAUCAAGCGGGACAAGCUGUUGGAAGUGUUGGACUUUUACCAGGCUUUCGCGAAUUCCUUCGCUAGGAAUUUGAUCCUGACUUACAACCUGAGUCACCGGCUCAUCUUUCGAAAGGUCGCCGAUGUCCGUCGAGAAAAAGAAUUGGCCGAGAGGAGGAAAAACGAGCCGCAGUUGGAUCAGGCGCAGGAUCAUCUGGUUCGCAAGAUCUUCUCAAGGUUCAAGAGCGACGGGGAAGGCCAAAUCGGCAUAACCAGGACCGUGAGCGGACGGUCCCAGCAGGAUUCCGAUGAGGAGCUCACCGUCAACGUCCUGCCGCCCUGGCCGAGUUUUAGAUUUCGCCGAGAGAGACACACUGCCGAUGUGGAAAGGGGCGAUGGUAAAGAUGCCAAGGAUGGCGAAACGUCACAUGCUAAGAAGCCGUCCGUCACCGAGGAAGGAGGUACAACUGUCGCGAAGACGCGGCCGGGCAAAUGGGGCCGUUUAUUAGGUAGCUCGAGUUUAGAUUCCGGCAGCGAAUCGGGCACGGCUGGUGAUACGUUCAAGCGAUCUCUCAGCGCGAGAGACCCGCGUCCAAGUUCCAGCGUUGCCACCAACAAAGUCUUCCCGAAGCUUGGCAAGUUGGGAGGCACGAUCGAGGAGGCCAGCGAUAAUGUUGAAAAUUCGAAGGAAGCUCAGCAACAACAGCAGUCCAUCACCGCGGAUUCGAAGCAGCUGCAGCUGCGACGCCUGGAGAGCUACGACGGUGGUCUGAUCACGCAUCAGCCAAGCCACGAACGAGAGAUUCUCGCGGCAGUGCUAGAAGUGAAGGUGGACCUGAAGUUGGAGGUGCAGAGGGUGAAUCAACGGCUAGCCAAGAUCGAGGAUAUGCUACAGGCGCUGAUGAACAGGCUACCAGCCGCGGGAACACCGUCAUCCAGUAGCGCUUCUCAGCAAUCUCAGAAAAUCUCCGGGAACUUUGCCAUGGGCAGCAACGGUGGUAUCCAGAAUCAGCUGCCCGUCACCCCGAGUGUGGUGACAUUGGUUCAAUCUGCAACACAGACCGCCGAAUACAAGCCAUCGAUCGCCACCACAUCAACGUCGACGACGCCGAGCGAGGGCUACCGAGAGCAAUCGACGGCGACAGAGCGCGUAUCCAAGAGCAGUCAGGAUCAUCAUCAUCAUCAUCACCAUCAUCAUCAAUCAUCGUCAUCGUCGCGGGACGUCAACAAGGAAUUGCUGGAGCGGCUGGCGCAAGCUUCCACGUCGCGGGGCGACGACUCUAACGCUCUAGGGCCACUAAUCCUGCGCAAGCGACGUAGCAAAUCGCGCAACAAGGGCGCGGCGCCGCUCGCACCGCUCGCCACGCAGCCGAUGAGCCCAACGGAAGUCUCGGAGACCACGCAGAUGCUCGAGUGCACCGAUGAUCGGGACUCAACCGGAGGAGGACCGACCGACAGGAGUACCGCCGACCGGACUACCGAGAGGUCCGAACGUAAAAGACCGCCGCCUAGACCAAGAGAGUAUUUGUGAAAGUUCUUUUCGCGUCGCAUUAGUUCCUUUUUCCCACUUUUUUCAAAACAAUUUGCCGCGACGCGGUCAAAGGUUUAUCGUCCGAUACGCUUGUUAGUUCAACUUUUAAUCAUACAAAAACGCGAGUUUGCCACGCGAUGAUGCGCUCGCGCAAUUACUUUAUUCUAAAGCUAUAUGCUACAUUGAACAAUAAUCACUGUUUCGUUAUUCUUUCAUUUGUGUGUACAUGUGAGAGAUGACAUGUCAUGACGGCGAAUCAUCGUUUCGGUGCGGCUUGGAAGAUUUGGAAACUGUCGGUCAUCUUACGUGACGCGUGAUUUUCCCAGCAGCAGAACUGAAAUAUCGUGUAAACUGACGUUCUGCUUCUCGCCGAGUGGCGAACAAAUACAACGUCGAUAAUUUUGUUCAUAAAGAAGCUGAGGAAAACCCAACUCUUGUCAAUUACAGCUGCCUUUUAUCACCGUCACGGUGGAGAGAUGCGUGAAAUCUGCACGAAGCAUGGAAACGUACGCGAUGCGAACCCAAAUGGCUUUAAUCCCGCACCUCAUUGCUUUAAAAGAUUGUCGUUCAUUGAUCGAAAGGCCGGUCUAUUCAAAAUGUUUCGCGACUUCUAUUUCUUCACCGCGAAAUAUACGGCAAGGUACGAUCCAACGAACUGCAAGUAAUAGAUAUAUAUUUCAUUAUUGGAACAACGACAUGAGGUUUGCGGUAGCGGGAGAAGAAAGAAGAGACGUGUAUUUAUGAAACUUCAAUCACAUGUGAGUGAAAGUUUGUUAAUUAAUUCGUGAUAUUAAUGCGUGGCAGAAUUUAACGAAGCAAUAUCACCUUCGAUAGAUCAGAAACGAUAAUCCCUGUUAAUCUUGAAGAUCACACGCGAGUGUAUUAUGGCGUAAUUAAAUAAAGAUGAUGAAUAUUGAAGGAAUUAAUAUGUUAGAAUAAAACGAAUACGAUCGCUUUUAAAAUAUUGGAAUUUUAUGAAGCAUCAUCCACAGAGCUGUUGAUACUUAAAUGAACUAGAAAUGAAAAUUAUUGCCGGUCUCCAUUGUGCUCUUCAAGAUUAAUUAAAUUAAUUUUGUUAAGUUCUUAAUAGGGCACAUGUGAUACCGCAGCUUUCCAUAAAUACUAAGUACAUGAUAUAAGCAAUCUAUAAUAUAUCUCAGAUAAAAGUAUAAAAUCCGAUGAAGGAUUGCUCGUUAAAUAUUGCGCACAGUUUUGUAGGAACAAACGGUGAGAGGGGAGCAAGAAGAGGCGUAUAUAAGAAUAAGUGAAUAUAGUUGUAAAGAGAAAUAAUUCUCUCUGUUCGCGCGAUCUGCCCUGACCAAAUACAUCUUAAUUUCAUUGUCGUCACUUGCGGCGAUAAUUUUCGCUCAAUUUAUAUUUUCUAAUUUAAUUUUACGCGAUAGAAAUUAUACACAGAAAAUGUAAGUAAAGAUGUGAAAAGUAUAUGUAAGCGCGACAUUUAUAAUAUUUAAAAAUGUCAAAAAAUAAUUACGUUCUCUUUGUGAGAGUGAUCAUCUUGUGAUUACGCAGCUUUCAUUGGGCAGAUUGUCAUUGGAAGUAAGAUCGAGAGAAUAUUAAUGCAAUAUGAUAUUACGAUUUUUUAUAUCAGCUACUUUGCAAUAAUACAAAACAAUCAUCAUUCGAAUGACAACAUCGUGACACGAAUCGUUGUCCCUGACCUUACGUGCUCGUUGAAACAAAGUUUCAAGUCAAUUUUCGCCACUCGUUACAAAAGUUACUACACGGCAUGCAUUACUACAAGCUUGCAUUCGAAGGUUGCUGCGAAACUUUUGCUCUGUCUUCAAGCAUCGAUAACAAAAAAAUAAAGAAAAACAGAUUAAUAUAUUGUUCCUCAUAUUGUUUUUUUUUUUAUUUAUCAUGUUUUACAAUUUAAAUUAAGUAAAAAAAAAAUAUCACUGAUACGUAUAUCAUAUAUACAUCUUUCUCCAUGUAAAUUUAUUUUAAUUAAAAUCGGAUAAAAUAAGUGACGAUAUAUUUAUUCAAAUCUCAAAUAAUUUUUUUAUCAUGCAAUGGUAGAGAUUAAAAUAAGCUUUGAAGCGGCAUAAUUUAUUCAUAUUAACAUUAUAUGUUAUAUUACGUUAUAUACAGCCGCGACACGCAAAGUAGCAUGUUACGAUCUCGAGAUCCUUAAAUAUGGAAAAAAUUUUAUACGACGACGACAGUGUUCGCAACGACGAUCGAAGAAGCCGUGAUGGGUACCCGUGCGAAUUUCAUGAAAAGGAAAAUGAUCGGGAGAGUCUAUAUAUAUAUAUAUAUAUAAAUAGCUACACACAUACACACACACACACACUAAAUGGAAGAAGAAGAAAAAAACUAUAAAUAUAUAAAUACAUACGCGUAUAUAAAUAUAUAUAUAUAUAUAAAUAUAUUGAUAGAAGAGGGAAAAAGAGAUUUUUGCUAUAACACUUCGUCCAUUUUUCUAUAUGGGCAGUUCGUUGCACUUGUAACACAAAUCCUUGGCCUUGUAAAUUAUUGUCCUCAGUCAUUUCUUGGACCGAAGAGUACCCCCUUAAUUGCGCUCGCGUUAAGUGUCGCAGAAAGUACAUCGAAGAAAUCGAACGGACUCGGAGCUUGAUUUAUCCGCGUUCUCAUCAUUACGCUCUUUCUCUCAUUAUCAGUACCUUCCUCCCCCCCCCCUCC